GAAUGUCUACGUCUGGCUCGUCAACGUUCAUCUACGAGACGUGGACUUAGAUAAUACAAUUUCCCCUGUACUGCUCAUAGCACCUUCUCCGUGUUGUUUUCAGGAGACUCUUCAAACGCGCUCGACACUCACAGUUAUUAACUACGUUUGUCAUUCUGUGAUCGUUGCUUCCCGGCUAGAUAUACUUAAUGAAAAUGAUAAUAAUCGUAUACACAUACAUCUGAACGGAAGGUAUUAUUAUUACUACUACGACUUCAGCUAAAUCUGCCUCUGAUCAACUAUACUUACUUUUUAUUAUUAUUAUUACUCGCCACUAUCAUACCCUUUCGCCGUUUUUUUUGUUGGUGUUGUUUUGUGCCUUCACACUCAAUCGGGCCUUGUGGAAGUCGAGCACCAGUUCGAUACGCCUACACACACAUACAGAUGAGCAAAGCAUACACAAAUCUGUCUUUAUACAUUUAGCCUUGGUUUCCUCCCCCUCUCCUCCCCCCCCCUCCUCUUUCUUCUCGUUAUCAUACCCCCGCCCUUCACAGCUGCCCACCAUGGCAGACGAUCUCGCAGCCCUGCGGCAGUACGGCACCUUCCAGGAUGAGGAAGAAAUGCGAUGGGAGGUGGCCGCUCGCGUCGUCGCCAGCUCCUCGCGGGCUGCGAUCGAAGAUGAGGCGAAGUUGGCACAGGCCUACCGCGAUCUCGAAAAGGCGGAGCACCGCGCGCGUGAGCUGGAGAUGGAACUGGAGGACGCACAGUACGCGGCGGCACAGGAGUCGACGGUGCUGCCGUCAUCGUCGUCGUCGGCGGCGCCGCGCGCGGAGGGCCCUUCGUCGUCCGAUGCGGCGGUGCGACGUGUAUCGGAUGUGAAGUAUCAGCUCCACGCCGCCCAAGCAGAACUGAAGCGGUGCGACGCGGUGGUGCGUCGGACGCAAGAAGAGGUGGACCGCCGACAGGCCGCACGCCUGGCGGAGGCGAAGCGAAAAGAGAAGGAGCAGACGGCAGCGGAUCAACUCCUCGCAGCGACACCACGGUCGGCCGCUCCUGCUGCCGUCGCCGUCUCUUCUGCAGCGGCAGCCCAUUCGGUCGACAACGGCAGCAACAGCGCGAGACAGGCGGCCAACGGAUCUGCCAAAGGGCCCAGUCAAGCACCCUCAGCCUCGCACGCUGGAGACAACAAAAAUAACGGAGGCCGCAGUAGCAGCAGCAGCAGUCAUCGUGGCAUUAACGGUUCUGCAUCUCCCGCUUCGCCCACGACGACGAAACGCGUGCUCUACCGAGUCCCUACGCACCUGCGCGGCAUCACCCAAAGCGACUACAGCGGCGGCGAGGUGCUGCCGUCGCUCAGUCGAGUGGCGGUGACGCGAGCGGAUAUCCGCUCCAAGCAGCGACGCUACCAGGACGACUCCGACAUGACGCACUACCUCGAGCGCAUCAUCAAGCGUCAGCGCUUGGAGGCCGUGGCGAACCAGCAGCGUCGCAUCGCAGCGACGACGGCGACGGCGAGGACAGCCUCAGCUGCCUCCUUGUCCGCGGUGGCGAGCGUGCAGCCCAGCGCAUCCGCCCUGGCAGCGGUGGGGAGCACAAAAGGGAAGUCCGAGAACGUCGCCGGUGCUGAUGGGGAUCGCGGGUCCACGAUGCACGAGCAGGCACGCGUGAAGCAGGAACCAGGGACCGAGUCCGCUGCAAAUAACGACAGCAUCAUCAGCAGGGGUGUUAAAAGAGCGGAGGCAACCAAAUCAUUGACAAAGGAAGACGAGGACGCCGCGGAAGAAAACGGCAAUUCAAUCCAGCAACAUCAAAUCAAAGUGGAAGAGGAGAAGGCGGGUGGCACUGCAGACGAGGCAGAUGAGAACGCCAUCAUCGACGUGGACGCGCUGAUGGAAGACGAGGAUGAUGCGGCAGUGGAGGCCGCCGUGCACCGCGCCGCCGCCCAGCUUCACCAGGAGCGCAGCGGGACCGUCACACCGCGGUCGCGGUCGCUGUCGCAGGCCCCCGCCCAGCCGAACCUCCCCUCGCCCUCCACCCACGCCGACGGCGAUGACGAUUUAGUAGUAGAGAUGGAGGAAGUCACGCUCCUGCCGGGCGUGAACAUGGACGCAAACAUCUACAACCGUCUACUGGACUACCAACAGGAGGGCCUGCUGUGGCUGCUCUCCCUGCACGCCCGUCGCGCCGGCGGCAUCCUCGGGGACGAGAUGGGGCUGGGCAAAACAAUUCAAGUUGCCGCCCUGCUGAACGCGCUGCACCACUCCCGCAUGCUGCGCGGCCCGGUGCUGGUCGUGUCGCCCAUGACGGUGCUGCGGCAGUGGCUGGCGGAGCUGCACCGCUGGGCCCCGUACAUGCGGUCCUGCGUGAUGCACGAGAGCAGCGGCGGGGAGUCGACGCGGACGGCGCUGCUGCGCUCUGUGCAGGGGACGCCGGCGGUGGUGGUGACCACCUUUGCGGCGAUGCGUGAGCAUUGCGCGCUGUUGCAGCGCACUGGCUUUCAGUACAUCAUCCUCGACGAGGGACACAAGAUCAGCAACCCCGACGCCGGUGUCACGCUGGCGGCGAAGUCCUUCACGACACCGCAUCGGCUCAUUCUCAGCGGCAGCCCCAUUCAAAACUCAUUGAAAGAGCUGUGGUGCUUGUUUGACUUCGUGCAGCCGGGGCUGCUCGGCACGAUGAACCGCUUCAUCGACGAGUUCGAGACGCCCAUCUCGCAGAGCCGCAACGUGCGGGCGAGCCCGCUGGCCCUCGCCACGGCGGUGGAGUGCGCCAAGACGUUGCAGGACCACAUCGCCCCCUACCUCCUCCGGCGGCUAAAGCGGCAGGUGAACACGCAGCUGCCGCCCAAGUACGAGCGGGUGUUGCGAGUGCCGCUGACGGACCAGCAGCUCGAGCAGUACCUGCAGGUGCUCUCCUCGCCGGUCGUGCAGCGACUCUUCGCGCAGACCGUCAUGUACGGCUCCCGCACCGGUGGGCUGGAUCGCGACGGGCGCGACAGCACGGGGUCGCUGCACGUGGCGGGGGCCCGACUGAACAUGACGGCCAACCGGCGCAACAAUAGCGGGGUGCGACUAGAGUCCUUUCGGCUCAUGAAUCAGCUUCGCCAGAUCUGCAAUCACGCGGACAUCUACGCCGUGCAGAGGGGUGCGGAUGCAGAGGACCGCAUGUUGCUCCAUCGCAGCCGCGGCCCGCUGCGUCCCGGUCAGCACCGCUCCUUCCGCAGCAACAACCCUGUGAACCUGCUCGGCAGCGGCAAGCUAAACGCGCUGCUGAUGAUGCUGAAGGAGUGGAAGGCGUUUGGGCAUCGCGUGCUGGUCUUCUCGCAAACUCGCAUGAUGCUGGACAUCAUCGAGAACAUGUGUGAGCAGCAGAGCUACACCUACAUCCGCAUGGACGGCGCUACGAACGGGCACCACCGGCAGGAGCUGAUGGACCGCUUUAACGAGGACGACUCCAUCUUCGUCGCCCUCCUCACGACGCGCGUCGGCGGCAUCGGUGUUAACUUAAUCGGUGCUGAUCGUGUGGUCAUCUUUGACCCGGACUGGAACCCGAUCACGGAUGUGCAGGCCCGGGAACGGGCGUGGCGCAUCGGGCAACGGCGCGAGGUCUGUGUCUACCGCCUCAUCACAAGCGGCAGUGUGGAGGAGGCGAUCCUGCGUCGGCAGCUGGCGAAGAUGUACGUGACGGACAAAGUGCUGAACGACCCCGAGCUGCAGCGCUUCUUCCACGUGCAAGACAGCUUCAUGGAGAACUUCUUGCUGGGCUCCGAGUACGAGCCGCGGGUGCCGAUGGACAAGAAGUACCUGCUCACAGCGCACCACCUGCACAACUCCACCGCGGCGGUACCGAGCGCCGCGUCACGUCAGCCACCCGUGGUGGAUGAGACGCUUGGCGACUACGGUGCCGUCGUGUCUGAUGGAGAGGGUGAAGACAGCAGCAGCAGCAGCAGUCGUUCUUCCGUGAGUUGCACCGAGGACGAAGUGGUGGAGGACAGUAGUGAUGGCGAUGGCGGUGCGAGUGCGCCGCGACGCGGACGGAGGCACAAGAAAGCACGCCAUGAGCGCGACUUCGGUAUGUUAGUUCCUGUCAAAGAUGAAGGCGACGACGACGGCCACCACGGCGCACGUGGCGGCCCCGCAGCCGAUCCUCGCAGCGGUGCCGCGUCGACGAGGGCGAAAGGCAAGGAGUGGAGAGAGACACAGCUGCUGCAGGACUUGGUGGACCAGCAAGACGUCAUCGUCGCGGGCAAGGAUCGGGUGGUGCAGCGGCUGGCGCGGAGAAAGGCGGAGUCCAUGAUGCAGCGCGUGUCGUCGCGGGUGUCGGUGAUGGUGACCAUGAAGGAGCAGCAAAAGAAGUUCAGUCUGCUGAACGCGCUGGAGGAGAAGAAGGCGAAGGAGGCGGUGGAACGAGAUGAGAAGCGGCAGGCCUAUCGAGAGGAGGUGGCUGCUGCGGCAGCGAAGCGCCGUCGUGAAUAA